CUCCAGAUAACCCACCCUUUUUUGAGAAGGGGAUACAAGCUCUCCAUCCUUUGCAUUGUUUCACCAACCUUCUAGAUGAGUCCCAGGUUCCCCAAGCAGCUCGGGCUGUCUAUGCCACCGUGUCUCUUAAACAGGACCUCUUCACCAAAUGGCACCAGCUGCCUGACCGAAGUGGAGCCUUUGUUUCAGCCCUUUUCUUCUACUUUGGUCUUGAUAGUCCUGGCCACUGUGAUCUGCUGCUUGGUUGUCCUUUCUCUUAGCACUUUCCACAUGCACAAGAGCAAAAUGAAAAAACGUAAAAUCGAGAAAGCCCAGGAGGAAUAUGAGAGAGACCACUGCAGUCCUAAAGGAGAGAGGGCACAUUUCUAUGGAAAGGAGAACAGACAACCAAGUGGUACCCAAGACAGUGGCUGUUACACUUCUCCUACCAUACAGAGGAAGGAACCCCUCAACCUAGAUCUAGAACCCAGGAUUACUGAGCAUUCUUCUGUUUUGGACAAAGAUACAGGGGACCUGCUGCAGUCUGUGGUCUUGUCAUGAUCCAGAUGACAAAGAAUGCUUCUGUAUUGUAUAUAUUUGGUGGAAACCCUGUCGGUAAACAAUUAAAAAAAGCAAACAAUAACCAGAAACGAUUCAGCAUGACAAACCCACCUUGCGUUCCUACUAAGCAUUAAGUGUGUGACAUGAAAGGAUUCUGAUGGAUUGUCAGCUGGAGAAGAAGACGCACAAAAGCUACCAAAUAUUUUGUCAUCUGCCUAUGGAAUCCCAUCAUGCUGUACAUAGCAUCCAGGAUAACUGCUUUAACCCUAUAUGAAAAUAAGAUUUAGCCAAACAUGAACCUACCAUGGACAUCUACUGCACAACACAUAACACUUGGGGAAGUGAGAGAUGGAUCAUGGAUGGGCUGCAAACAAUUUGCAUUGUGAUUUCAGGAGAACCUUUGGGGAAGAGACAGAUCUUUCUGGUAUAUAUAUAUAUAAAAAGGAAUAACUGGAAAAAGAAAAAAAAAAAAAAGCAAAUACAUCAUGUUGCAUUUUAAAAUGACUGAUCUUUUUCUUAUAGAAAUCUUUGCCUUGUGGAGCUUAAGUCAAGCAGUUAACCAAGUGAUGCACCUAGCUUUUCUCUGCAAUACCCCCCAACUGGUUGUAAGGAGCUGUCCACCUCUGUGGUGCUGAAUCCCAACCUAUAUUAAUGCUUGCAAUCCCUCCAAAUACGAGUUUUACCUUUUAUGUUUGUUUUAACUCUUUACAUGCACUGUUGCUUAAUUAAUUGUAUCAACUGUACAUAUAACAUAAAGAUACAGUAUUUUGUAAUAUAUAUAUAUAUAUAUGCAUAUAUAUAUAUUGGGUGAUGUGCAGUCCUGAAGUGCAGUUAUAAUGCAGUAACUAAUCCAACUUGACUAUUUGAUUAGCUUUUACGUUAGAAAAAAACAUGUGCCCUUAUUUUAUCUUAUUUAUUGAUAACCGAGGCAAAAACAUAGCUGUGUACUAUGCACUCUUUAUUGUAUGUUUUCUGCCUACUGGGGUGAGAGGCUGCACCCCAGAGUUCAGUGGUUUGACUCCAGCUUCUCUUGUUACAGGAAUAAAUUUUAUAUCUUAA